GCGCCCAGCCAGGGGCGCUCCUAGCCGGCCCUGCAGCUGCGCCCUGGCAGCCAUGUCCCGCCGCCACGCACUGCUCGCCUGCGCCCUGCUGACCCUCCUGGACCUCGGAGAGGCUGGGAACCGGCAACCCACGGCUGUCUGCGGCCCCAUUGUGCCUCGCAGUGAGUGGAAGGCCCGGGCGUCUGAGUGCGACAAGCGCCUGAACCUGCCGGUGCGCUACGUGGUGGUGUCGCACACGGCGGGCAGCCACUGCAACACCCCAGAGCUGUGCGAGAGGCAGGUGCAGAAUGUGCAGCACUUCCACAAGCAGAAGGGCUGGUGCGAUGUGGGCUACAACUUCCUGAUUGGAGAAGACGGGCUGGUGUAUGAGGGUCGCGGCUGGAACAUCAAGGGUGACCACACAGGGCCCACCUGGAACGUCAGAGCCAUCGGCAUCAGCUUCAUGGGCAACUUCAUGGAUCGGGCGCCCCACCCCCGUGCCCUGCGGGCGGCCCAGAGCCUGCUGGCCUGCGGUCAGGCGCUGGGCAUCCUGAGCUCCAACUACGAGGUCAAAGGCCACCGGGACGUGCAGCAGACGCUGUCGCCAGGCGACCAGCUCUACCGCAUCAUCCAGACCUGGCCGCAUUACCGGGAGUGAGGCCGGCGCCCCCCCCCCUC